CGUCUAGCGCAGCAGCAGCAGCAGCAGCAGCAGCAGGACGCCAGCCCUCCUCCGCAGGGCGGUUCAAGCAGCGGGCAGGAGGGGGCGCUGCCUGCUCUGCUGGCAAACCGUGCACCCUUCAUGUCAGCGGGCGGCCUUUCACUACUACUAAACAGCAAGUUCAGCACGGUGCAGCAAGUGGCCGCUUACAGCAUUAUGGUGGCCAUGAUGCGCAAUGCAGCCACCUUCGCGGCCGUCAUGUCAACCACAAGCAGUGACGGACCCUCGCGCACCGAGCAUCUGGACCCGGCUAAUGAGGGCAGGUGGAUUGCAGCUGGCUUUCAUCCCAACGACACAGCACAAUUCCUACUUGCAACACGGGAAUCGGUUGCCUCGAGCAACACCGCUAUCGACAUACGCGCGUUGUACGGACGUCAGCACCUGAGGGCCUCCUCCCUUACCGCGAUCAUGAUUGCAAACCACACCAUUCCGCUUGCUGUGGUUGUGCGGGCCUCGCGCUCGCUCAUGGAUCAGAUCUUUACUCCGGCGGCCAUGCCAGUCGCCCUCGCCUCGUACCGGGCAUCUAUCCGGUACAUCAACACGUCUGCGGCAGCCCCGCCGGCGCCGGCCAGCAUUAGCGCGGAAACGGGCUCGGCGGCACAGCGAGAGUCGAUGCAGGACGUCGCUGUGGGCGUGGCGGUGGCGUGUGUGGUGACGCUGCUGGCGCUGGGCACGUACACGUGGUGGUGGACGGCGCGACGGCGGCGGCGAGGGCCGCGGGAUGGUGGCGGCCGCAUCCUCGCUCCGGGCGUGGGCGAGGACACCAGUCUGGUCGUGACGGACAUCAUGGACAGCACACGUCUGUGGGAGGAGCUGCCCUCCGCGGUGAUGGAUGUGGCGCUGCAGCUGCACCACAGCUGCAUCCGCCGAGUCAGCACUGCGUGCAGCGGCUACGAGUCAGCCACAGAGGGCGACAGCUUCAUUCUGGCGUUCCACACACCGCAGGCCGCGGUGUUGUUCUGCCUGGCGGCUCAGGACGAGCUCGUUGGCCUGGCUUGGCCGCCCGAACUGCUGCAGGAUGAGACGUGCAAGCCGCUGUGGGUGCGAAGCGCACCGUUGCAGCAGCAGCAACCGGAGCUGCCCAUUUCAGCUGGUGCUGUCGGCGCAGCCGUCACGAGCACCGCAGUGCGCUCAUCCGGCGGCCUCGCCCCUGCUACAGCUCGUCAGGUCUUAAACCCGCUCUCCAGGACGUUUAGGCGGCAGGCUCUACCAGGAGCAGGUUCUUCGGUCCGACUGCCCACGGGGACCAGUGCACGCUCAGCUACUGGCGGAGGCGGCGUCACGGCAGACAGCAUUCACGACGUGAUGCUAUCUGCCGGCUCCGCCUUUAGCGAGGGCUACCCGCUCGGGCCACCAGACAGCCGGACCGCUGCUGGUGCAGGCACGCAAAGUGGGGGCUCGGAUGCUGAGCUGGAACUGGCGCAGACGACGGCCGCGGCCCCAGAUGAUGGCAUGGCAACGCGGUCGUCAGGGACGGGGAUGCUCAUCGGGGCUCGUGUCAGCAGAGGAGGGGCGGAAGGGGCAGCAGGCGAGCGCACCCAAUCUGAUCGAAAGUUUAUUGACUUGCGCUUGGUAGGGCGCGGCGGUGGCGCGCUGUCACGCAGCUUUGCUGCGGUGAAGCGCCACGGUACGGCUCUGUCACGGCUGGCAACUGGCGUGCUACGCGGCGUGGGCGGCGGCAGCGCAACAACAGACACUGCUGGCGGGGCGGCUGGCGGCACGGGCGGUGAGUUGUGGGCCUUCAUGCACUUCCGGAUGCCGCCCAGCAUCAUCCCCAGCAGGGCUUCAGCAGCAGCAGCGGCGACCGCUGAGGCAGCGGGUGACAGCGCUGCUGCUGCCAGGUAUUCUGGCGAGCGGCAGCGGCAGCCGCAGCUGCCUUCCAGGCUAGAGCAACUGGCAUUUGGAUCUGGGGAUGGCAGUGGCGGAAGCGGUAGAGAGGGCGCUUAUUACGAAGGCGCUGGCCGCGGAAGGUCGCGUGCAAUGCUCCAAAUUGGGGGCGGCGGCACCAGCGGCAGUGACGUAGACGGCGCGGCUGGCGUGGGGCCGGCACUGUCUCCUUCGCCCACUGGAGCUGUAAGCGCGCUGGCGGGCUUCGCGAGCGGCCAGCAGCCGUCACCCGCAGCAGUACAUGGCGCUGCGGCCGCCUCUUCCUGCAGCACCGGCGCGGACGUAGCGGGGCCGUCCUCAGCUGUGCAUGCACAGCACUUCACUCCUGCAUCUCCUGCUGCCAUCAGCCCGUUCCGGUCUUUGUCCCAGGGCUAUGGGCGCCAGCAGCCUAUGAGCGGCGGCAGCAGCAGGCGCCGCGGCUUCCGGGCACUGAGCCCCCUGGCUCCUGCAUCGGCGGGCCUUGUCGGUGUAGGGGCAGCGCAAGCCAGUGCCAGUGCCGGCACUGCCGCAAGAGCACUGCUGCUGAGCGGUCGCGGCACGACCAGUGUCGACUUGGGCUGCUGGGGUCCUGGCGGCGGCGACGCAGCGCACCAGGCGCUCCCCGUCGGGCCAAUCGCCGCCGCCGCUCUCGCAGCCGCGGCACCGGUCGCCCCUGCCAUGUGUGGUGACUCGACUGGCGACGCUGCUGGGUUCAUGACCAGUCGUGGUCAGCCAGCGCUGGUGGACGAUGAGGCGCCGACCGCAGCGGCCCUGGAUGCGUUUAUGCUCCCGCUGCCCUCAGCGGCUCUCUUUGAGGACCACACGGCUGGCGCUUCUGGCGCCCUAAGCAGUCGGAUGGCAGUCGGGACUCUUGACAUGAGCACAGCCCAUAGCGUCCGCGUCAGUCGCAUGGAGGGUGCUGGUGCAGACCGUGCCGGCUCAGAUCAAGCGCUACCGGUGCUGUCCGGCAGCCACCUGAACCCAAAGAGCAGUCAGGGCUAUCUGCAGCCACACGCAACCCUUGUCGUAGCGCCUGCGACUGCAGGAGCUGCAACGGGCGUCGCAGACUGUGUUGAGGCAGGUGACAGGAGCUACAGGAGUGGGAGCGGGCAAGGCGGCCGGCCCGCUUCUGCUGCUGACAUCAGCAGCUCUUUGCGGUCGCGCCCAGGAUUGCUGCGUUUCGUGAGCAAGAUAGCGUCCCGGCCUGCAACUAGCGUCCAGACCCUGGGUCUUCCUGCGGCAGGUGUGGCUACCUCAGCUGCCGCAGCAGGGACACCUUCCGGCGCUCGACCGCUGUCCACGCGAAGAGGCGCCUUGCAGCGCGCCUCGAGAGGCACCAGUGGCAGUACAGGCGAUGCUGUUGGCUCUGUCGGUGCAGGGCGGCGGGGCGCUGACGGCGGGACAGCAGCAUCCGCUGUGAUGGGUGUCGUCGGCAGCAGCGGUAUCGGUGCGCUGCUUCGGCAGCGGUUCCUGUUCACUGUUGACGGGUGGGAGGCGCGGAAGGUCGCCGACGCUGGCCGCAGCCCUGAAACCUCUGCCCACGCGGGCACAGGGCAAGUCGUGCUGCCAUCGCCAGAAGACAGGAGGCCGCCACGAACGUCGAUGAGCGCGGAUGAAGCAGCUUUGCAGCAGCGCCUGGCCCAAGCGGCCGUUGAUGAUCUUGACGGUGCUCCUGAUGUGUCAGCACCACACAGUACUGCUACCGGUGCAGCGGUGGCACCAAGCACCGGCGGGAUGCGUCCCUCUGCUCUCGUCGGCUCGUGGAGCCCGCGUUUGGCAGCAGCAGAUCGGUCUGUGUCGUUCAGCACGGCAGCCACGGGCCAGGCAGCUAUGGUUGCAUCGCCUGGCGGCAGAUCCUACGGGCACGGCGCAACCGGAUCGGCUGCGUCUGCGCAACUGCGUGUGCUUCUCAUGUCGGGCCUGCGUGUCAGGAUGGGCGUCGCGAGCGGCGUGCGUUUGGAGUCUGACAUCACACUCAACCGCGCCUCCCAGCGCAUCACCUACGCGGGCCGCACCAUGGCCAUCGCAAAAGCCAUAUCGGGCGCAGCAGCGGGCGGAAUGGUGCUUGUCUCGGCGGAGGCACACGCGCUGCUGACAGGCACAGCCCCUGGCGAAGCGCUUGGACCCGCCGGUAGCACGAGCGCCGCAGCUGCAGCUGGCGUAGGUGCCGCCGGCGUCCUGCUGCGGCCCGGCAGCAGUUUAAGCAGCAGCCGGACCAGCUUCAAUGUGACCUCGCAGCGUGCGCUAUUUUGGUCCGCGGGCACUUACCACCUGCUUGAGAGCCACGGCAGCGGCAACGCUGGCGGUGAAGGCGGCGGCAGCGGCGGGGAGCGUUCCCAGCCCCCGCUGGACUUGUACCUAGUGGCGUCACCGACACAGGUGCCGCGCUGGGCAGCACUGCCGCUGCCGGCCGCUGGCAAGCCCCCUGCCAGCUGCGUCGCGGCGGGCGUGCUUGCGGCGCCGGUAGGGCAACUGGCGGUGGCGGUGGUGGCGGUCUCAGGCGCCGCCGCCAUCGCGGCGUCCAGCUUUGGGGUGUGGCGGCAGAGUGCGACGCUGCUUUGGCGGGAGGCAGCGCGGCUGGCGUUGGCGCACAGCGGUUUCCUCGCCACGACACGAUCAGCGGUGGUGGCAGCCGCGGGCUGUGAUGCGGGCCCCACAGCAGUGGGUCUAAAAGCUGCCGGGGCUGGGGGCAGCGGUCACACGGUCCUGCUCACAGCCGCAUUCCCGUCUGCGGUGGCGGCCAUGCGGUGGUCGGCUGCGCUGCUUGAGUGGGGUCUCCUGGCCCCGUGGCCGGCGGCGCUGCUGCUGCACGACUGUGCGGAAGAGAUCUGGCGAGAUACGCUGCCGGGGGCUGCGGCUGGCACAGCUGGGGCCGGGACCGUGACGGCUCAGGGCGGCUUCGGCGCCAGGGUGUGCGUCGCCGCAGAUGCUGCCGGUGCAGCGGCAGCCACGAUGCAGCCGCUGCCGCUGACUCUGGAGCCCGCAAGCCUGCAGUCGCAGGGCGCGCUUCUGUCAGGGUCAGCCGUACAUGUAGCGGCACUGCGGAUGGCAACCGGCCUGCCAUCCGCGCAGCGGUCUUCGUCAUCGGGACUGCCGCCGCAAGCGGUCGGUGGCGUCACGCACACCGCCCUGCCGCAUGCCGGGGCAGCGGGUGGCACCCCCUCGCAGCCGUCGCGCGCCUCAUUGCUUGGAGUGGCGGCGGCUUCCAGCGGCAUGCUCGCUGCGCCGCCGCUUGCGCUGCUCGUGGAGGGCGGCGCAGAUCAAGGAAGGAACGUGCUUAUGUCGGAGUCCGCACUGGAGCUCCCCCGCAACCUCCACGGGGUGCCGCCAAGCGACAAGAUCCGCCCAGCAAGUGGGCAUGUGGCACACGCGAGCAGCGGCAGUCACAGUCGGGGCGGUGCCCGGGUGCGCGGGCUGUGCUUAGAUGCUGUUGGCGGUGGGUCCACGCGGCCUGGCAGCAGCAACACCAGCACCGGCCACGCCACACCUCCAAGCCGCACCCACACGCCAAUGACCCAUGCGAUAGUGCCGCGUGGCCAGGCAGUUGAUCCCCUGCUCACAUCGUUGCCCGAACUGGACGGCGGCUGUGGUGCUAACAACGCCAGCAAAAGCAGCGGCUACGGGAGGCAGGGCACGAGCGAUGUCGGUACCGGCGGCUUUGGGAGCCACGUGCUGCCGCCAACCCCGGCCGAAUCCGUCGGCGGUGGCAGCGCUGCUGUGACAAUACCUGUCCCCGCAGCUUCAAACCCAGGGGAGCCCAUCCGCUCAAACGUGCACACAUCCCCCAGCGCCAGCACGCACCUGACCGCGGCGACCAGCUCCAGCGCGCACUGCAGCACCCACAGCAGCAGCGGCCAUGCAGGCGGCUCGGGGCGCACUGGCGGCGGCAGCGGCGGCCGUGUCAGCGGCUUCAGCGCUGCCGCGCACGGCCGGAUGCGGCCGCCGACAGUUCUCGAGGUUAGCCCGAGCCUCAUUCCGGCAGGCCUGGAGCACCAUUUCAUGGGCGGCGAUGUCAGCUCGGGCGCAGAGGGAGGCGUUGUGCCGCCACCGCGCAUGGUCCUAGCGGUGGGUCGCCCGCGGCAUGCCUACCCAGACGCCGGCUCGAGCGCUGCUGCGGCAAGUCCGGGCACGCAGAUGAGUGACCGGGGCCCCGGCCACCGGACGUCUGUCGGUACGCAGGAUCCGGCGGAUGGCUCGCGACGUGGCUCCCGCCCAAGUAACUUUCCGUCAGCUGCCCCACAUCCGGUAGGCUCAGCUGCAUGCGCGCUUGCAGAAUGUCCUGGUGACGUGGCGGCGCAUGAGGACGGUCGAGGCCAGACAGGAGUCGCAGUCCCGGACGCUGGAACGGACACAGCCACGGGAAAGCUUCUACGCCCCAGCCAGCUCCAGCCCCCAGCCGUUACCCGUGCUCCGGAUGAGGAGGGUCAGCCCACCACAUUGCUGGUGGGGGUGGAACGCGGCGAGCCACUGCAGCUGCCGGCGCAGUGGUCACCUGCAUCCUCAGUAGACAUCACACUGGCAGCGCAGCCGGUGCGCAGUAUCACUGCUGCUCCUGACUAUCCCACCAGCCAGUCGGAGCCGCAGUCACAGCAGCCAGCUGCCUGCGCUGACGCCAGCAGUGCCCAGCAGACCGCGGGUGGCGGUGAAGGAGGAGGCACGGGGGCCACGGACCAGUCGCAGGCAGAGGCGGGAUCGUACCGCCCGGGUGCGCUGAGGACCGUCACUCAGAGCGGGUGCAUCACCUCGGCUCACACAGUGGCUAGCACCCUGUCGUCCACGGCCGAUGGUGAGGGGCCUGGACUGCACGCAGCAGCAGCUACUGCCUCCGGCCCGGCCGCAUCACAGCCCACGCAGCCGCCGCAAUUGCCGCACCAUCCACAGCAGUCCAGCAUCCAGGGCAACAACAGCGUUGCAGCCACGGGUCCUCGCGCCGCAGUGCCAGCAGCGGUGGUCGACCUUGAUGGUCGGGGUCAAGUGGGUGAGAUCGGACUGCUGCCGCCGCCGCGGCCGAUGCGUACGAGCGCCAUCGGCUCAUUGCCGACCUGCAGCUCGGUGCAGGGCGGUGGGGGCUCGUCACAGGUUGGCUUUAACAAGGACAGCGAUGGCGGAGUCAUGCUAGCGUCGGAGUAUCUACCGUUCUUCCUGUGCAGGGGGCUGCGGCUGCGGUGCGGCGUGGACUACGGCGUGGUCACCGCAGACGUCAACUGUGUCACAGGCGUGGUACAGUACCGUGGGCCGAUCGCAGUUGCAGCGGCGGCCUUGGCGGCUCGGGCGCCCGUGUCCCAGGCCUUGGUCAGCAGCGCGGCCGCAACUGCCGCCUCUGCAGCGGUUGCGGCGGAGGCUGCGAUUCUGGCAGAGGACUCCAUAUCCAAGGCCCGUGUGCUGGCCUCCCCGGAAUCCGUGUACCUCGCCGGCAGACAGCCGGCGGUCAGCGCGCCCGCGGCGAGUCCGAGCCGGGGCGAAACCACGCCGGAGUAGGCGGCUGGCGCUGAUGGAGGCGCCGGCAGAAGCCCAGCAGCAGGCCCAUGUCGCCGCGUGGUGCAGUGUGCAGCUGCUGACCCAGGAGCGCUGGCGCCUCUGUGGGUGGUGUGUUAGCGUGGUUAGCGGGGCUGACCGGAGAGCGGAGAAGCGCAUUCGGCGACUGACGCCUAUGAGUAGAGUACACGGUCAAGGCAUUGGCGGGGCAUGGUCAAUAUGUUCGGGGUAAUGCAUGUAAAGCUGUGCUGUGUUCGUUGCAUUUCGUACAGCUGCCAUUCUUGGGACUUGAGGACUGCAGUGAAGUUGGUAAGGAGCUGGCCCUUGCAGGAGUGAUGGUUGCUGCAGCAUGCGGCGAACCUGUGCUGACAGGUGCUGCAUACGGAGUGGUGUUUGGUGUGAUGACGCUGCUUGUGGUAAACAAAGCUUAUUGUCAGAUUGCGGGCGUGUUUGCGUAUGCUGAAGCACGCCUCGAAGUACUUGAUUGUUACUACAUCUCGUAAUCUGCCAGGGCUCUUCAUGCCGCAUAUCCUCGUGACGGGCGUUGUCUAUUAUGUCUAGUCAGACGGACGGUUCGGCACAUGCGGUAUACAGAAUGCUCAUAGCAGUUGGUGCUUGAAUAGUGGUUUGGCCUUGGGCGACUGCGUACCGCAAGUUAUUGAACAAGGGCGUUGGGGCCUCCUCAUGCUGCUACUCAUGCUGCCUUUGCAGAACCGUAAUCCACGCUCUGUAUUCGUGCAUUGCCUCGCAAUUUAUACAUGUUCUUGUGUCUGCUAGGAGUAUUGUGAAAUCACGAACAGCAUAACGUGAGCCACGGAUAUCGGUACGAAGUUGCGCACCAACAACAACAGGGAUGUGCAUUGUGUAAUGGAGGUCGUUGGUCUGGGUGUGGCUUUAUCUGUCAAUAUUGUGUGGCCUGAUGCUAACGUAGCGCAAUGGAGGUGGACAGACAGGUGUCAAUGAAUGUAGUGGGAGAAGACGGAGGACCGUCAUCCUGUCCACUCAUGCUGGGAAGGAAGUGCACAGGCGGGUUCGGCGGGAUUUCAUCCCUGGGUGUAUUCACUGUAUCCCUUACGGAC